GCUAAGGAGUAAAAUAUGAGUUCCUAUUGAGGAAACUAUUAAUCAAGUAGUUAGUCAACCACUUAUUCAGAGUGUUGUACAGAGGACUCAACCUUAGGGUAGAAGGUUAAAACUAGAAGCAUCCUUCUAAUUCUCCUCCUCUAACCCAUUAAUUUACUUAAGCUAUUUUUAAAAUUGAAAACCACUGUUUUAAAAUUAUAAAUUACAUAAGUUUGUUACAUGCUAAAAGUAAAUAAUAAAUUACAUAAGUUUGUUACAUGCUAAAGUUUACAUCUUUUGAAUUCAUUAAAUAUGUAAUAGUAACAGAAUAGUGCUUGACAAUAAGUGUCCAACAAAUGUUAGCUGUGAUUCUUUUCAUUCAAGCUACAUUUUUAUGGUUCAAGCUUUGAAGAUAUCUAUUGGUUCAAUUAUUCUAGGAUUUGAAGCAUUUGUAUGCUUUGUCAUAUCCCUUUUUGUCUUUUUCUAGACUCUGAGGUCCUAAUUGUUUUGGUUCUGUUGCUGGCAGCCAGCUGAACGAGUCCAUUGAUUCUCUUUUUUAUCCCUAGUUUUUUUUUUUUUUUAAGGUUUAUUUAUUUAUUUGAGGCGGGGUGGGGCAGAGGGAGAGGGAAUUCUGAAGCAGAUUCCCCCCUGAGCUUGGAGCAUUGCAGGGCUCAGUCCCAGGACCCUGAGAUCAUGACCUGAGCUGAAAUCAAGAGGGGGCUGCUUAACCGACUGAGCCACCCAAGUGCCCCUAUUCCUAGUUUUAAGCCUUUGAUUUACAGAAGUUCAGAUAGUGUACUGUAAUAUCUUACAAUUAAUUUUUUUCUCUAGUACAGGACAAUGUCAUGCAUCUCUUUUCCUUCUUUAGUUCCUUACGAGCAGAUACUGUCCCUUUUCAUAUUUUUUUUUUAAAGAUUUUAUUUAUUUAUUUGAGAAAGAGAGAAUGAGAGACAGAGAGCAUGAGAGGGAGGAAGGUCAGAGGGAGAAGCAGACUCCCUGCCAAGCAGGGAGCCCGAUGCGGGACUCGAUCCCGGGACUCCAGAAUCAUGACCUGAGCCAAAGGCAGUCGCUUAACUAACUGAGCCACCCAGGCGCCCUGUCCCUUUUCAUAGUUAACAAGCCUAACUCUGUGCCUGAUGUGGAGUAGAGACUCAGUAAACAUUUGUUGAACUGGCCAUAAUGACAGACAAUAAGUUUAGCCUAGCUGCCUAAACAAAUUUAUAUCCCCUAAUUUAGAAAAGUAGAAAAUUCUAGAAGUCUUUUAGGGCGAGGCGAGUCAUUCACUGCACAAAAAUAUAUUACGUACCUGUUAUGUGCCACAUUUCCUCAGAAAGUUUUAGCUAGGCAUUUUUGUAAAUAGAAGUCUGAUAUUUGAACACUAUUUACUUACUCCUGUGUCCUGGGUAUUGAGCUAGCAUAGGGGAACUGUUGAAAAAGAAAAGCAAUCUUUGCUCUCCCAGGAUAUAGUCUGGUGAGGAGAGGUUGACAAAGUGGGGUAAUGGUUAUGACAGGGGUGCUGCAGCAGGUUCUGAGGGAGCAAGAACACAAGCUUACAUCUAGUCAGGGAAGUCACAGGCCUCCCUGUGAAUGAACAUGUGUGUGUGUGUGUAUUUUUUUAGAUUUUUAAAAAUUUUUAUUUAUUUAUCUUUUUAAGUAAACUCUGUGCCCAACAUGGGGCUUGAACUCAUAACCCUGAGAUCAGGAGUCGCAUGCUGUACUGACUGAGCCAUCCAGGCAUCCCAGGAAGUGAUGUUUUAAAUAAGUUAUAAAAGUUUAGCAGUGACUAGCCAAAAAGAAAGGAAAAGAGAAUUCUAGGUAGAGGAAACAAGUGUGAAGGCUCAGCAGCCCAGCUAUCUGACUUCAUGUGAAAGAUGGCUAAUGCAGAAGUGAGUGUUCCAGUGGGGGAUGUGGUUGUGGUACCCACUGAAGGAAAUGAAGGGGAGAACCCUGAAGACACUAAAACCCAAGUGAUCUUGCAGUUACAGCCUGUGCAACAAGGUUUGUUUAUCGAUGGACACUUUUACAACAGGAUUUAUGAACCCGGGUCCGAGAACAACACGGCAGUUGUGGCAGUAGAAACUCACACAAUUCACAAAAUUGAAGAAGGGAUUGAUGCAAGCACUAUAGAAGCAAAUGAGGAUAUGGAAAUUGCUUACCCCAUAACUUGUGGGGAGAGCAAAGCCAUUCUCCUCUGGAAGAAGUUUGUAUGUCCAGGAAUAAAUGUGAAGUGUGUCAAGUUCAAUGAUCAGUUGAUCAGCCCCAAGCAUUUUGUUCAUCUGGCUGGCAAGUCCACCCUAAAGGACUGGAAGAGAGCCAUUCGUCUGGGUGGAAUCAUGCUCAGGAAAAUGAUGGACUCUGGACAGAUUGAUUUUUACCAACAUGACAAGGUUUGCUCCAAUACCUGCAGAAGCACCAAAUUUGAUCUUCUGAUCAGCAGUGCAAGAGCUCCAGUGCCAGGACAGCAGACAAGUGUGGUGCAGACACCCACUUCGGCCGAUGGUAGCAUCACACAGAUUGCCAUCUCAGAAGAGAGCAUGGAAGAGGCAGGGCUGGAAUGGAACUCCGCUCUCACUGCUGCUGUCACCAUGGCUACAGAGGAGGGUGUGAAGAAAGACUCAGAGGAAAUUUCAGAGGACACUUUGAUGUUCUGGAAAGGAAUAGCUGAUGUAGGGCUGAUGGAAGAGGUUGUCUGCAAUAUACAGAAGGAAAUAGAGGAGCUACUCAGGGGAGUUCAGCAGCGGCUCAUUCAGGCUCCCUUCCAGGUCACAGAUGCUGCUGUUCUCAACAAUGUAGCACAUACAUUUGGCCUAAUGGACACGGUGAAGAAGGUUUUGGACAACAGAAGGAACCAAGUAGAGCAGGGAGAAGAGCAGUUUCUCUAUACUCUGACAGAGUUGGAACGCCAGUUGGAAGAGCAGAAGAAGCAAGCUCAGGAUCACAGGCUGAAAUCCCAGACGGUUCAAAAUGUGGUACUGAUGCCUGUGAGCACUCCUAAGCCUCCAAAAAGGCCCCGACUCCAGCGGCCAGCUUCCACCACAGUCCUGAGCCCUUCUCCUCCGGUCCAGCAGCCUCAGUUCACAGUCAUCUCGCCCAUCACCAUCACCCCAGUGGGCCAGUCAUUUUCCAUGGGCAAUAUUCCAGUGGCCACCCUCAGCCAGGGCUCCAGUCCUGUGACUGUUCACACACUGCCUUCUGGCCCUCAGCUCUUCCGCUAUGCCACAGUGGUCUCCUCUGCCAAGAGCAGCUCACCAGACACAGUGACCAUCCACCCUUCAUCUAGCUUGGCACUGCUAAGCUCCACCGCCAUGCAGGAUGGGAGUACCCUGGGCAACAUGACCACCAUGGUGAGCCCCGUGGAGCUGGUGGCCAUGGAGUCCGGCCUGACCUCAGCAAUCCAGGCUGUUGAAAGCACCUCGGAGGAUGGGCAGACCAUCAUUGAGAUUGACCCAGCCCCAGACCCAGAGGCUGAGGAUACUGAGGGCAAAGCAGUCAUUCUGGAGACAGAGCUGAGGACUGAGGAGAAAGUUGUGGCUGAGAUGGAAGACCACCAGCAUCAAGUCCACAAUGUGGAAAUUGUGGUCUUAGAGGAUUAACUGGGGAUGUCGGGGCCAGGAGAUACGUUUUGGUUUGGAAUUUUAAUUAUUUGUUUAUUUUUAUCAUUGUCCCACUCAUUUCCACAUAGGAUCCUUUUUUUUUUUAAACAAAAUCUCAUUGUUGUAACUGAAAAUGUUGGGUUCCUCCCACCCCCUUAUUGAAAAAUGGACAAAAACAAGCUGUCCUUCCAGAAGUUGAGAGUAGGUCACUCAAGGUCCUAAUCUUUUUACACCAAGAAAGUUAUUUCUUUUAAGGGAGGCAUCAAGAUAAUCAAACCAUGUCCAGAAAGCCCUUUCCAGGCUAGUCUGUCUGUGCACGCAUGUGGUUUUAUUUUUGUAAAGGUGCAUUGACCAAACUCUGGAAGGCAGAUCUGCCACUGGAAGGCAACCCACCCACACGUGGAAGCAGAAAGAUACUUUAUUUUGUAUCCUGGAAAGAGCCCUCAGAGGCCGGUGCGAAACUCUGAAAGGAAAGAAAGUUGACCUAUGCUUGGAGGGGAAGGUGGCAUAUACCAGGAGCAGCUUAAAAAGGGAAGUGCUUUGGCCAGGAUGGGGCAAGGAAAUUAUCUUAGCUCCAGAAGUGCAACUGAUGCCUCUUGGUAUCUCUAAGGGUUAUUACCAUGGGUGCCAUUUUUAGGAGAGGCCAGUAAUAAGUGGAAGGGUACAUCUCCAUGGACCAAGUGGCAUCAGGGGCCUAGGGGCCGUGGCUUUGCAGAAAUAGAAAUCCCUGGUUGUCACAGCUAGGCUUUGUGAUUCAAGCUCACCUUCCCUCCCUUCCCCAACUUUGUCAAAGCACUUAACCCUCCUAAACUAGGAUCAGUCCAUUCAUUUGCAAACUAUGUGAUGUGGUGUAAAUUUCUCUGGUUCUUGGACUGUGGCUGUCAUGGGGGUGGGGCUCCAAGGCCAUCAUUUUUAUUGCAUGACUCCAGGCGCAGGGGAGUUCCUCAUCUAGACCAGCUGCCCUUUUUGGUGGGGCCCUUUUUUGGCUUUGGAACCAAAAGCAGCCACUCAUUUGGUGCUUCCUCUUGUUCUACCCUCCAUCCCUCAAUUGUUAAUGGCAUCUGUCUCCUGGAUCCCACGCUCUUCAGCUUUUUGGCUGAUUUGGAGAACAGUGACAGGUGCCUGCCUGCCUUCAUCCUCUUUUAGAUUCAUUUAUACCAUUUAUACCACAGAUGUUUCUGUGAGAUAUUAAGCUCAUAAAAAAACCUUAGGCUUGGCAGGGAAGACUCAACAGCCCCAGCCUAUCCUGAGGCACUCAGUAGAUGUCUCCUCCUGAGCGAGCUGGACUCCCUGGGAAAGAAGCAUUGUCUGCAACAUUAUAUUAUAGGAAAUGUACCAGGAAUGUCAAUAAUAAUAUCUUGGGGUUUUUUGGUUUUGUUUUGUUUGUUGUUUAAUGUUGUUUGUAUAUUUAGAGCUGGGCCAUUUUCCGUGCUGUGAUUCCUGCUCUUUGACCAUCUUCAGUGUUUGGGGCAAGAGUGGAUCCUGGUUUUUAUUUCUUUGAUUGCAUUGUUUACUGCACUAGGACAAAUAUAGGGAAACUGCAGACAAUUUAAAGGAAAAUGAGGUCAAAAAAGAUAGCACACACCUUAGGAGUGGGAGGUUUUUUGUUUUUUGUUUUUUAAUUAAAAGCAAAACUUUGACCUAUAGUUCCCCCCCCCCGCCUUUUUUUUAGAGAAGGCACCCACCUGAAGCCAUGUUUCUUCCAACAGAUGUUGGAAACCCUGUUGUCAAGCAAGUGAAAACCGUUCUGCCAUCCCUCAGAUGGCUUUAAUAGCUAGAGAAGCCCUCUAACUUGGGAGGGUCAAUCUUAAAAGCCUUAAGGGUGAAAUUUCUGAACCCCAUAUAGUUGUGGCUUUCAGCUCUAAAAUUGUCUGGGGUUUUACUUUUCUCUUCAAAAUGUUUAAUAGAUGUAGCAAUCAGCUUAGAACAAACCUUUGGCCCUUUAGUGAGGGAACUGGCUUUUAUUGUUGCCUCUUUAGGUUUUCUGAUGGUACAUAAACAAAAACAGAAUUUCUAUCUAAGCCUAAAACUGCUACUCGAACCCAGGAAGGCACAUGCCAUGUGCCUGUCUUGGUUUUUAGGGAUACUUUUCGCUUUCCCAGAGAUGGGUGGUCCAAUUCAGGACAAAGGAGGUGCUCCGGAGAACACCACACACUAGCUCAGGUUCCUUUCUUUCCUCCUUCAGCUGUCUGUAGUGUUUUAAAGCAGUGUGAGCAUCAUGCUUCCAAGGUCAAGAGAUCUCCUCCUCCUGAAGACAGAACCUGUUUACUUUCACUAUCUGAAUAUUCUGGCUUGUGGAAAUACAUGAGCUGUGUUGUUUUCCUGGUCUUCCAAUAGCCUGUCAUUACUGCUCACUGCUGUGCUACCCAUUGUUGAGUGGGGGUGUCCUCAGAGCCCUGGUCUAAAUGAUCUCAGACAGUGGGAGAAAUAUAAAUAUGCAAGCCGUUGGUAUGUGCACAAGCAGUUGCAGUGAAUCACUCCUCAGGCUGACCUGGCAGGAGCCAUCUAUCUUUCUGUUCACUCAUCAAAUAAACAUUUAUAAGUACCAUCUACGUGCCAGGCUUUGUGCUGGGCACUAGCAGUACGGAGAUGAAGACAGAGUUCCUGCACUCAAGGACUUCAUACUUCAGAAGUUGUCUGGAGUUAAGAACUAUAUUUCAAUAUAAUUGUUUUCUUUUGUAA